GUGUGUUCCCCUUUAAGAGGCCCCCACCUCUCCAGGCGCGGCGGGAGGCAGAGCACAUUCCUGGAACAGCGCGCGAGAGAGAAAAAAAUCACCAGCGACCUGUUUCAAGUCGCCCCAAUAGAAACUGUGCCUGAUUUGUGGCCAAUGUUGGAGAUGUAAAAAAAAAAAAAAAAAAGGGAGAGAAGAGGAGGAGGAGGAGGUGGGGGAGAGGGAAAACACUAAAGGGGGUAGCUAUGGAGAUAGAACGUUUUCCUGGCUGCUUUCUUUGACAGGUGUUGAGUGGGGUAAAAGUCUUAAAACAGAAUCCAGCAUGUACGCCAAAGGUAAAGGAGCUGUCGUCCCUUCUGAUAGUCAAGCGAGAGAAAAGUUAGCUUUGUAUGUGUAUGAGUACUUGCUGCAUGUUGGCGCACAGAAAUCGGCACAGACCUUCCUGUCAGAGAUCCGAUGGGAGAAGAAUAUCACAUUAGGAGAGCCUCCUGGAUUCCUGCACUCAUGGUGGUGUGUAUUCUGGGAUCUGUACUGCGCAGCUCCAGAUCGACGGGAGACAUGUGAACAUUCCAGCGAGGCCAAGGCUUUCCACGACUAUAGUGCGGCAGCAGCUCCCAGUCCUGUGAUGGGCAACAUGCCGCCCAACGAUGGCAUGCCAGGUGGACCCAUGCCUCCCGGCUUCUUUCAAGGCCCACCUGGGUCACAACCAUCACCUCAUGCACAGCCCCCUCCACACAACCCCAACAACCCCAUGAUGGGGCCACACGGCCAGCCAUUCAUGUCUCCACGGUACCCAGGUGGACCCCGCCCAUCACUCCGCAUGCCAAAUCAGCCCCCCGUUGGUGUCCCCGGGUCACAGCCGCUCCUGCCAAACAGUUUGGACCCCACCAGACCGCAAGGACAUCCAAACAUGGGCGGCCCAAUGAGGAUGAACCCACCCAGAGGAAUGGGAGGCAUGGGCCCACAGAACUACGGCGGUGGAAUGAGGCCUCCUCCGAACUCUCUCGGCGGUCCUGGAAUGCCUGGCAUGAACAUGGGUCCGGGAGGUCGAGGGCCGUGGCCUAACCCUAACGCAAACUCAAUAGCAUACUCAUCUUCAUCACCAGGAAACUAUGUGGGGCCUCCAGGAGGUGGCGGACCUCCAGGAACUCCCAUCAUGCCAAGCCCAGGAGACUCGACGAAUUCCAGUGAAAACAUUUACACGAUGAUGAAUCCAAUCGGCCCUGGUGGCAACAGACCGAACUUCCCAAUGGGGCCGGGGCCCGACGGUCCAAUGGGUGGAAUGGGAUCGAUGGAGCCGCAUCAUAUGAACGGGUCUUUAGGCUCGGGUGAUAUGGAUGGGUUGCCAAAGAACUCUCCGAACAACAUGGCAGGUAUGAACAAUCCCCCAGGGACUCCGCGGGACGACGGGGAGAUGGCAGGCAACUUCUUAAACCCAUUCCAAAGUGAAAGUUAUUCACCCAACAUGACGAUGAGUGUGUGAUUCUUCUUUUUUUAUUUUGUUUUUUAUUUUAUUUUAUUUUAUUUUUUACCCCGCCCCCUCAUCCCCCUCAUCUCCUCGUCUCUGCUGCGUUCGGCAUGUUGUUGUUUUUUUUUAUUUGUUCGAUCUUCAACUCCCCACAACUCCCUCAAACACUCUGGGUUGGCGCCCUUCAGCCGGUCGGUGUGGCCACGGAGCGAAGGACGCCCAGUACAAAGCCGAAAAGAAGCAGGCCUCAGGUCACAGGAAGAGCCUUCUGACGGACUCAACCAGCCUGCCGGGCUUCGUAUCUGGAUCGGGCCCUCGAUUGAACCACCGUGUGUGUGUUUGUACAUGUGCGUGUGUGUGUGGGACUGUGCCAGGAAGACACUUCAUAACUAGCUGCUCAUCAGCAUUGAGGCUGGUGGCUUUAUUUCAGCCCCGUUUGAUCAUUUUUUUCGUCUUUUUAUCGGCAAUGAAACACUGAAACUAGCGGUUGUUUGAUUGCUGUGUACAUUUUAAAAUGGAAAAAGCUAAACUGUUGACGCUAGGGGCAGGAAUGGUCUCAUUACAAUAUAUUUGUAUAUUAUUGAUAAUAUUAUUGUUAUAAUUUUCAUAAUUGCUAUGAUGAUGAUGACGAUGUACUCAUAAUUUUAUGGAUUUUCCUGUAAAGGGCACAUUUGUAUCUCAACAACAUCAAUGACAGAAUAAGCACACAUUCAAAUGCACAAUGACACUUCUGUUUACAUGAUUUUAGGUAUUUGUUUGUCUCUUUUGUUUGAAUUUGUGUCUUUGCAUAUACCUCUUCCUGUGUUCUUCAUCGAACUGAUGUCAUCACUACCGGGAUGUACAACCUCAGUUUUGUGUCUCUGUCAACAAAGUGGCUACAAUCACUGGUUUAAUGCACCCGUCGGCACUGUAUUUAAAAAUUGGAGUAUAUUUCAAAGUCUAAAAGGGUGACAUUUUCAUUUUCACUGCCAUCGCGGAUUGCUCCAUCCUUGGCUUGGUCACGAACGGCCUAUAAUGAAUACAUUUUACCAUCCAUUCUUGAUGAUUUGCCGUUACAUAGUUACGAUAUCAUUCACGUUCAUUGCAAUUUUGCCACUACGUGUUUGCCAUGUUGUCUUUUUUAGAAAUAUUACCCACGUGUUUGUAAAAGUAGUUGGACGCAGGCUGCUCUUACAAGCACGAGUUUCCUUGUGCUCUAUAGUCCCAUGUCUGUAAAUAUAACUUCUUCUUUUUUUUUUUGGUCAUGGACCUUAUUGGUAUUUUCAAUACACUACUUGUCUGUGAAGCUCAUUUGUGGUCCCAUCUCUUUCUUCAAAUGAGGUUGCCCUCGGAUGCCAAACGCAGAGUUUACAGUCAACAUAUUUGUGGUUCAGUAUGAGGAAUUUGAGGGAAAAUCACAUGAAAAGAUGUCUGGGUCACAUUUUACCCCUCAAUAAAAAGUAAAAAAGAAUCCGUUAAUUUAAUUGACUAUUUUAGAGCAGUUUUUUUGUAUUACGGCAUUAUUUUGACAUGACAGCUGAGUGCAUAUUCCCCAAAUUUCGCAUUAGUUAUGCAUCAGUGUGUUUUUUUUUGUUGUUUUUUUUUAUUUUUUUAUAUAAAUCAGGAUAAAUAAAGGGAGUACAACCAAUACACUCAUGUUCUGUGAAAAUUUAGUUGUUUUGCAUAAUAAAAAGGGCUUUUGUUGCUUUACAGUAUAUACUUGGAAUGGAAUGUGCCUAUUUAUGAUAAUGAAAUCAUUGUCAAUACAAGAUCUUGACCAAAAAUUGAUGCACCACUUAAUGGAAAUAAAUGAUGUGAUGUUAUUUCCAUCAAUAUCCGAUUCCAUCAGUUUUUUUUUUUGUUUUGUUUUUUUUGGGCAAGAUCUUGUAAUGACAAUGCAAGAGUCAAGCACUCUCUAAAGUCUCCUCCAGCACAUCCCAAAGACUUUGAAUGAAUUUAAGGUCUGGAUUCAUGUGUGAAAAUGAUUCUUCAUGCUCCCUCCCAACCAUUCUUUCACAAUUUGAGCCUGAAGAAUCUUGACAUUGUCAUCCUGGAAUAUGGCCAUAAUGUGUCUUCCUAUAUGGUUGUUUAAGAAAUGAAAAGCUACACACUCCAUCAGUUAGGGUUAGAAGAACUGUUCCCAAAUAUAUAACCUGCUAGAAACAUCAUAAUCACUGCAAUAAUGAUCCAUUCAUAAACUCUUAAGCAUUUGUCUAUUUAAAUCCAAGCAGCGACUUUUUUUUUUUUUUUUUUUUUUUGCCUGGGCAGUAUAUAUAUAUAUAUAUAUAUAAUUCUGAAUUUGGGGUGAAAUAUGACUUGGACAGGUUUGGUGAGAUUCUCCUUUGUAUAUAAUUGACACUAAUUCCCACUGAACUCAUGAAAGCAGCCAUUUCAUACCUACAAUUAUUUAAUCAGUGCUUCAUCACAGGAAAUAUUAAUCGAUCAUUGUGACACAUUUUAAAAUCACACAUUUCUUGAUGGUUAGGUCGACCUUGCCAGCCCAGUUUAAAAUGCUUUUAUCCAGUGAUUGUAUUAAGGACAUUUUGGUAUUUUGGCCAUCUGAGAGAACCAGGCUCAGCAUCCUGGUAAGUUUUGAAGGGAUGUCCAUGCUUUUCUUUGGUUUGUCUGGUGUGCAGCCCACAACCUUUCUUGACCCUCACCCCUGACCUUUGGUUUACUGUAAAUACUGUAAAAUGCAUUUUGAUAUCAUUGACAUGUUUUGAUAUGUCAGUCACAACCAAUGAGUACAGCUGAAAAUAAGUUAUAAAGAAUCUGUUUGUGUUUUUGUAUUUUAAAGAGAUGCUUUUGCUGUAAAAAACUGCAGGUCGAUGCUCACCCCUAUUGUAAAUCAAGUCUGCAACAGGUUUAUGCUUUUAUUUCUUCAGAAAUAACAAUCGAAGCUUAAAUUCCUCAAAUGUUUAGUUUGUGUGAUGGAAAUGGCUUUUGAUACUGAACAGAAUAUUGAGUCGGUUUACAUCAAAUGAUACGGUUCUGAAGGCUGAAAUUGUUUAGUUGCUCACUGAUCUACUUUCAGUUCUUCAAUGUCCAAUUGUUGGCCAUCUCUGCACUUCUGUUGUGAUGUAUAAUAUUGUAACAUGAGAAAGACGUUUGAGAGGAAAAUGUGUAUUUUGGAGCAGGAAGGGUCAUGGGAGGGAAUGACAGAAAUUUCUCCUGUAAUUUUCAUUGUCCUUUCUUGCGACAUGACAGUAUUCAGUAUGAAGCAGUCUGUCCCUUUGGGUUUGCUUUGUAUUUUAUAGUAGGGUAGCUCAGAUCUUUGUCCUAGGGCCUUAGGUGUCUUGUGUAGGUAAAUAUGUCCUUUGUAUGUUUCUAUAUUGUAAAGUUUCUUUAGACUGAGGAAAAAAAAACAAAAAACAAAAUUUGCUUAUCAAAAAGAAAUGAUUGCAUCAAUAAUAAAUGUAAUUUGAUAUUUU